GCUGCGGACUGUUGUGGAAGGGAGGUGCAAUGGAUGGAUGAUUUGCCCUGCUACGUUUUACAUAUUUGUUUUAGUAUGAAGACAAUGCGUCGAUGUCAAUUCACCCGUUGAUACACUCCGCGCUGUUGCGGAGGGCUGCUAGUUCGCAGCGUUAAUAUAUCUUCCAGGCGCGAGGGUUUGUCGGUAUAGUUAAAGAUUAUCUCGAGUUGUCUGAGUGGCUACACAGCUAGCUUCUCCCUACUGUCUACCAUUGCAUUCUUGUGUCUCCUGCCCCAGGAAUGUUCUCCAAAAAGCCUCAUGGGGACGUUAAAAAAUCAACACAGAAAGUGUUGGACCCAAAGAAGGACGUGUUGACAAGGCUGAAACAUCUCAGAAUAGUCAUAGAAAAUGCAGAGCAGUCAGAGCUGAAACAGUUCUUCGACCUGAACUACUCACAUAUCUACUAUGUCUUCUUCGAGAACUUCGUCACCAUUGAGGUCAGCCUCAAACAAAAAGGUCACAAAUCUCAGAGGGAGGAACUGGACUCAAUCCUCUUUAUAUUCGAGAAAAUACUCCAGCUCCUGCCAGAGAGAAUCCAGAGCCGCUGGCAGUUCCACAGCAUUGGGCUGAUCCUCAAGAAGCUGUUGCACACUGGGAAUUCUUUAAAGAUCCGUCGUGAGGGCGUGCGCCUGUUCCUGCUGUGGAUGCAGGCGCUGCAGAGUCAUGCGGAGCGCGAGCAGCUCUGCAUGUUCGCCUGUUUGAUUCCCGGCUUCCCGGCUCCACUCUGCCACGGGACCCCACGCACCCUGGACACUCUGAUCAACCCCCCGCUGAGUCUAACAGAGACUCAGGUCACCCCAGAAGAGAUCACCCCAUUGGUUCCGCCCCAGUCAGGUGACAAGAACCAGGAAGACCUCACCGCUUACUUUUUAGAAGCCCUACUUAAAUACAUGGCCAAGUCUCUGGAGUGGCGUUGCAAGGACAACCAUGAACGCGGCUUCAGCUUCCUCUUCGGUCACUUCAGGAAGUUUUAUCUUCCUCACAUCUUUCCCAACUUCGCCAUGGAAACCAGCCUCUACAACCCCAUACUGGACGUGCCUCCGAUGCGUCCUAAGCCGUACUACAGCGUGGUGCGCAGGGAGCAGGACGGGGGAGAAACGGUGUACUGCACCAAGGAGAGCUUCCUUCAGGCCCGGGUCAUCUUCAUCCGCUGGCUGGUCUCCUUCUGGCUCGAGCCGCGGCCCAACACACAAACACACAUCCCGGGAACAGAGGGGGAGAACAUCCCCAAGAACAUACAGCGAGCAGCAGCAGGACUGGCGGCUCGUUCCGCCGGCAACUCCGAGGACGGUAGCGGAGGCGGGCUCCGGUUGGACAGCCACCUCGAAAGUAGCGGGUGCUCGUCUGGAUCGGGCGGGGGCGGCAUGGGACUGUCCGGGGGUCUGGGGUCCGGAUGCGAGCCGGAACAAAGCCACUCCAACACAUCCACGCUGACGGAGAGGGAGCCCAGCUCCUCCUCGCUCUGCUCCAUGGAUGAGGAGCAGCUCACGGACAUGGAGGUGGUGAGGAGGGUCCUGACCAGCUCCAGGACCAACGUCAACUUCAUCACUGAGAUCUUCAGACAGGCAUUUCUCCUCCCCAUGUGUGAAGCUGCAGCGAUGCGUAAAGUGGUGCGUGUAUACCAGGAGUGGAUCGCCAUGGAGGACAGGCCGGUGUUCAUGAAGGAGCCAGACGAGGGUCCCUAUCCCACAACCGGCAGCCUGGACUCAGGCUCCCAGCUGGGAGACAAGGAGGACGAGGGAGUGAACAGAGCAGUGGAUAAGGAACUGCUGGAGUACAGCGUCCAUGCUGGAGUUCAGACCACACUACAGGUAUUCAUCACCCACUCCUCCAACGUCUUCCUUUUGGAGCCGGCCAACGACAUCAAGAUCCUUCUGGAGGAACACGUGGACAUGUGCAAGCGCGUCCUGAACAUCUACCGCAGCCUCGUCAUGCACGAGACCAUGGACCAGAAAACAUGGGAGCAGGCGCUACUGGUGAUGCUGAGGGUGACGGAGUCCGUGAUGAAAAGACCUCCCUCCAUCAUGCCCCAGGGCAAGAAGAACAACACGCUGUCAGGCAGGCUGGCCGGACCCAUCUUUCAGACGCUGAUUGUGGCGUGGAUUAAGGGGAAUCUGAACGUGUAUAUCAGCAGGGAGCUGUGGGACGACCUGCUCUCCGUCCUCUCCUCCCUCACCUGCUGGGACGAGCUGGUCACCGAGUGGUCGCUCACCAUGGAGACGCUCACCAAGGUGUUGGCCAGGAACCUUUACACUGUGGAUCUGAACGAGCUGCCUCUGGACAAACUGAGUGAACAAAAACAGAAGAAGCAUAAAGGAAAAGGCAUAGGCGCAGAGGGCCAGCGGCAGAUUCCGGAUCGUUCCUUCUCCAAAGGCUGGAGCAGGGACCAGCCGGUGCAGGCGGCGGCCAUGAGGCAGCGCAGCGCCACCACCGCCGGAUCGCCAGGCAUUGAGAAGGCCCGGAGCAUCGUCCGCCAGAAGACUGUGGACCUCGAGGACCCGCCCAUCACACUGACAACCCGCUCCUCUCGGAUGCGCCACUCUUCCCAGAGCGACGAGGCCCCUCCCACUUCCUGCUCAGAGGUCUUCCAGGGAGUUGCUUGUGACCUGGAAGCCGCCGCCCCUUCCUCCCUCCCGAGGAGCAGCAGUGCCUCUGACGUCAUGGAGCCCUUCAUCGCCGAGCGGGUCAAAGGUGACGACCCCGAAAGGGAUCCCACUUCGAUCCAAAACCCCCCCCACCAACACCACUCCAAAACUUCUUCUUUCCUCGCAGCCAACAGCCACGCAGCUCGUCCACUCUCACAACCCCUCACUCACUCCCCCUCCCCUUUAACCUUGUCAAAUGGCGUUGUCUUGUCCCCCUCAGAGGGACAAGAUAAUGCUAGUGAUUACGAGCAGUUGUGGCAGCAGAUUGGCUCUGAAAGCAGAGGUUCUUGUUCAGAUUGGGUUAGCGACUGGGAUUCAGCCUUCGCCUUGCCAUCUGAAAAGGAGAUUGAUAUAGAGGAGGGGGAAAUGGGGGUCGGGGUUGAGGAGGAGGAUUUAUUCUCCUCGAUUAGGCACUACCUCACAAACAAAGGAAAUGAGAAAAAGGAAGAUACACCAGAAGGAGAUGCUCCUGGUCAAGUAGUAGAAAACAGUGUUGUAACAGUUCAAACAGGCAUCGCUCGAACACAAAUGGAAUACACGGGUCAGGCAGGGGAGGUGAGACAGGUGGUGAGGGAGGACCGACAGGUAAGUAAAUCAGUGAGGCACAGCAGUGUGGACUCCACUGAGGAGAAUGAAGACGAGGAGCGAAGCAUCUACGAGUGCUUGGAGUUGCAGUGUCAGUGGCCGGCACCCAGCGCUAGGGGCAAUGCUAGCUUAGAAAGACAAGCUGCGGAUAAAAAGGGAGCAGGAAGCACAGGGAAAGCAGAAGGAGGGGAAGGGAAAUGCGAUGGAUUAAGGGAAACGGGAGAAGAGAAAAUAGAGGAUAGGUCUAUUUUAAUAAGACAUGACACCAACAUUUUAGAAUCCACCACCGAAUCAAGUCCGACUCCCCAAACUUCAGACCCAACAAAAACUAAGAUGUCCCGGAGUAGCGCCAAGAGGCACUCCGGUGGUGUUCAUGUCAGCUUCCGGCCCUCCACUGAGUCUGUGCAGUUCCACAACCCCCUGGAGAGUAAAGAGGCCCACUGGAAAGCCAGGCUGCGGCGCCUCAGUCACUUCCACACACACAGCAACUCGGCUGGGGAGAGGGUGGGGGCCGGAGCUGGAACUGGUUCUGGGGCGAAGCAGGGAGCAGGAGGCUCAGGUAAGUUUGGUGCUGUGACUGGGAUAAGUAGCCACAGAUCAGGGGCGCAUGAGAAAUCUGGGACUUUUACGGAUAAUAGCGGGGCGGGAAAUGCAGCAAAUAGUGGCGGCCUGGAAAACAGGACCGGGACUGGAGGUGACAAGGACAAGCAACACCCCGGAUCCUGCGCGGGAUCCAACCCGGGCUCCGAGGCUCACGCAGAGACGGCGUCUAGCAGCUCAGGGUUCUCUGGCGUGUCGUCGGGCGUUCGCGGGCGCCUGGGGCGCUCCGCCUUGCGAUCAAGAGCCUCCCGCUCACGUUCCCAGGAGCCAGGCAGCACCGCCUCACGACACCACCAAGGGGCUCUUCUCGGCGGCGUUUAUAAGUCUGUCGUCCAUGCUCUGUCUUCGAAGCCACGGCCCCGAGGCCAGGGGUCGUCCCAAGGCUCAUCGCCCCAGAGGCAGGGACGCGCCGCCAUGGGUGACGCGUCGCUCAGGGACCUGUACUCCCACGUCCUGGGCUACUUUGGGCGAAAGACGACAGCUAACAAAGAGGAGGUGGUUCAUAAGGCUCGCCCCGUCUCCAGUGACGUGGGAAGCACCAAUCCAAACUUCUCCGACCUCAUGGACGAGUUUAUCCAGGAAAGACUGAGGGCCAAAGGAACCGCCGGUCGCCGUGGCAGCAGCCCUGGAAGCCUGGAGGUUCCCAGGGACCUGCCGGAGCUCCUGGAGGCAGGUCACAGUCCCGGAUUUCGGGCCUCAGAUGAUCACCGUCCCAUCGAUGACCCGGGCGUUCCCUCUGAAUGGACGUCCCCUGCGAGUGCCAGCGGCUCUGAUGUUGUGAGCUCAGACAGCCAAUCAGACUCCUUCAAUGCCUUUCAGUACUCCACCUGCAAGUUUGAUAACUUCACUUACAGCUCAGAAGCUUCUGGAGGAGGAGGGCGAGGAAGCUCAUUGGACCAGGACAGCCUGGGAGGAGGCGGGGUCGGGGACGAACACGAAGUGGCGAGUUUGACAACACUUCACAUCGACUCGGAGACCAGCAGCCUCAGUCACACCGUCACUGUCACUGGUUCUGAGAGUGCGUCUCCAAUGCAUUCCCUCGGGGGUUCUCGCUCCCAGACACCCUCCCCGGCCACGCUGACAGCAGACCACGCUGACCACACACACUCCCACACACACCUACAGCUGGACCAGAAGCUCCACAACUCCAUGCUGCAGACUCCAGAUGACCUGGAAACCAGUGAGUUCCCCAGCGAGGACUGCAGCGUCAUGGCGGGCGGCUCUCUGACCGGAUGGCACGCCGAUGUUGCCACGGUAAUGUGGCGACGGAUGCUGGGUAUCCUGGGUGACGUCAACACCAUCAAAGACCCCGAGAUCCACGCUCAGGUCUUUGACUAUCUGUGUGAACUCUGGCAAAACCUGGCCAAGAUAAGAGAUAAUUUGGGCAUUUCUCUGGACAACCAGUCGUCUCCCCGCCCCCCUGAUCUGAUCCCGCCUCUGAGAAUCCUCACCCCCUGGCUCUUUAAGGCCACCAAGCUGACGGAGCGAUACAAGCAGGGGAAGCUCCACGCCUACAAGCUGAUCUGCAGGAUCAUGAAGAGACGGCAAGAUGUCUCCCCAAACACUGACUUCCUCACACACUUCUACAACAUCAUGCACCAGGGACUGCUGCACCAAGACCAGGACAUUGUGAACACCAUCAUAAAACACUGCAGUCCCCGCUUCUUCAGUAUCGGUCUCCCGGGUGCCACCAUGCUGAUCCUGGACUUCAUCAUCGCAGCUUCCAGAGUCACCGCAUGCUCAUCACUCAACGCCCCCAGGGUGGAGGCCCAGAUCCUGCUGGGGUCUCUGGUGUGUUUCCCAAACUUCUAUGAGGAGCUUCCGGCCCUCCACCCCACCACAGCAGAUGUAGUGCUCACCAAGUUCCCUGACAUCAAGGAGCACAUUAUCAAAACCAUCCUGACCUCUGCCCGGGACGAACCCUCUGCUCCUGCUAGGUGUGUGGCUCUGUGCAGUCUGGGGAUCUGGAUGUGUGAGGAGUUGGCUCACGGGACUCAGCAUCCGCAGAUUAAAGACGCUCUCAACGUCAUCUGCGUCACUCUGAAGUACCCCAAUAAGAACGUAGCACUGGUGGCAUCGGACAUCCUCCACCUCCUGAUCAGCCAUGUGGAUUAUCUCCAGGAAUUCCCCCCCGACACUCCAAAGAAGAUCGUAGAGAUUUUGAUCGCCACCAUCACACACUUGCUGCCUACUACCGAGACGUCUCCUCAUGAGCUGGAUAAAAGGCUGGUGGUGUCCCUUCUGCUGUGUCUGCUGGACUGGGUGAUGGCUCUGCCUCCAAAGACUCUCCUUCAACCUGUUCAAACCAGAAGCCCCCCAGAGAAGGAGCAGCCCACCAAGACUCUGCUCAGCUGUAUUUAUAAGGUCUUACACGGGUGUGUUUACGGAGCACAGUCUUUCAACAGUCCUAAGUAUUACCCGCUGCAGAUGUCCGACCUGCUGAGUCCGGACUACGACCCGUUCCUGCCCUUAGAGAGCCUCCGAGAGCCAGAACCGCUGCACAGCCCAGACUCUGAGCGCUCCAGCAAACUGCAGCCUGUCACUGAAGUUCGAAGCCGAAUUCAGCAUGGCCUGGUUUCCAUCGCAGCCAGAACUGUUAUCACACACUUAGUCAACCAUCUCGGCCAUUACCCCAUGUCCGGAGGGCCUGCUACCCUGUCCAGCCAGGUGUGUGAAAACCAAGACAACCCGUUCUGUGAGAGCGCAGAUCUCGGACCGGAGCUUUUCCAUUCACCCAACUUGCAGUUCCUUGUUCUGAACGGUUCCACGCUGCUCUCCGUGUAUCAGAUCCGCUCAGAGUCCGGUGUUCCAGGAGGCGGGAUGGCGGCAGGUUUGUCCUCCGCCCCCGCCUGCGUUCGCGUCAUCAUCCGAGACGUGGCGGGGAAACACUCCUGGGACUCUGCCGUUCUCUACGGGCCCCCGCCUUCCUCCCCAAACAGCCCCACACACACAUUCAUGUCCACCACACAGUCCCCUCACGGCGCCAAUCUUCAUCUACGCACCCCACCGGGAGGUCCGCCCAAGAAUAUGGGACUGAAGAAAGAAGAGAGCGUAGAGGAGGGUGGGCAGGAGGACAGCGAGGCAGUAGAGGAGGGGGGGAGAGGGACGGAGGGUGAAAGGCAGGAGUUUCAAGGAGAAGGAGAGGAGGAGGGAGAAGAGGGGAGCAAAGACACAGAGGAGGGGAUGGAAGAUAGUGAAGAGGAAGAGGAAGAGAGGGGGAUAGAUCAGAGGAUGGACGGGGAGCGGGAUCAGGGAGAGUCGGGCCUGGAGCAGCUUCUCGCGCCGCCAUUGGCUAAACGGGUGUGUCGGGAGGCGGUGCCAGCGUGGGACUCGCUGAGGGAGGGGGACGAUUCGCUGGAUGAAAUGCUGCAGUACCUGGGAUACGCGAGCCCCGAGUGUCUCCAAAGAGCAGGCAUGCCGCUCAACAUCCCGGCCCCUCCUCCAGCAUGUGUGUCCGAAAAGCAAGAGAAUGACGUGAUCAACGCCAUCCUGAAGCAGAGCGCCGCCGAAAGAGAGUUUGUCCUCCAUAGAGGAGAGGAGCUGAACAUGAAGGCUGUGCGGCAGCCGGAGCCGGAGACGGAGACGCCUCAGUCUGCCUUCUACUACUGCAGACUGCUCAUCAACAUCCUGGGCCUCAACUCCUGGGAGAAGAGAAGUAACUUCCAUUUGUUGAGAAAGAAUGAAAAGUUACUGAGAGAGCUGAAGAACCUGGACUCACGGCAAUGCCGGGAGACUCAUAAGAUAGCUGUGUUUUAUGUGGCUGAGGGCCAAGAGGACAAACACUCCAUACUCACCAACACAGCGGGCAGCCAGGCGUACGAGGACUUCGUCUCCGGACUGGGCUGGGAGGUGGACCUCACCACCCACUGUGGCUUCAUGGGAGGCCUCCAGAGGAAUCGCAGCACGGGCCAGACCACGCCUUACUAUGCCACCUCCACCACAGAGGUCAUCUACCACGUCUCCACCCGCAUGCCCCACGACCAGGACCACAACCUCACCAAGAAGCUAAGACACCUGGGUAAUGACGAAGUCCACAUCGUUUGGUCGGAACAUUCCAGAGACUACCGGCGAGGGAUCAUCCCCACCGAGUUCGGAGACGUGCUAAUCAUCAUCUACCCCAUGAAGAACCACAUGUAUUCCAUCCACAUACUGAAGAAACCCGAGGUGCCAUUCUUUGGUCCGCUGUUUGACGGUGCCGUAGUGGACAUGAACAUUUUGCCCACCAUGGUCCGCGCCACAGCCAUCAACGCCAGUCGGGCUCUCAAAUCCCUGAUCCCACUCUACCAGAACUUCUAUGAAGAGCGAGCCCGAUAUCUGGAGACCAUCGUACAGCACCACCAGGAGCCGACCACCUUCGAAGAUUACGCAGCUCGAGUGUACAGCCCCGCUCCCUGCACUCACCUGCCCUCUGACUCAGGCUCCUGCCUCGAGAUUCUUCGGGGAGAAAGUCCGGCUCUUGGGGAGGCCGGGAGCGAUUCGGCGUCCCCCAUGUCGCCUCGGACUAGCAAGAGCCGCAUGUCCAUGAAGCUGCGACGCUCCUCCGGAUCGGCCAAUAAGACUUAGAGCUCUCAACUGUAACUUUAUUUUGAAAAUCGCUGAAUAUAUCCUCGCAGUCGCUCCAGCAUGCUGACAUUUGCCACAGUAGAAACAGUAUUAGUUUAUAAUAACCUGUGCCACAUUAUACCACUGUCAGGAGAGCACGUCUACGGAGGAAUAAAAACAGAGGUUGCUAUCUGUAUAUUUGUACUAUAGUCAGUCCAUGUGUGUACAGACAGAGUCUCGAGUUUUGAUAUAAAAACAUGGCAGGAUCAGAACGUGUGCAUCUGUAGUGUUGCAUGGAGGAAGCAAGAUAAAAGUAUAUUUUUGUUCUCAGCACAGGUUUAGGCUUGAGUCGGUUUCUAUUAGUAUAAAAUGUAUAUAGAAACUCUUUCAUUAGCAUAUGAUAAAAGAACGAUGUUUGGUUGUGGAUGCUUUAAAGCCAAAAAGUGAAGCAAAUCAGUGUUAAAUAGUUGAAUUAUUUGUCAAAAUAGAACACAAGGCAGCACUGCCAUUUUGUUUUGCUCAUGCUGUAAAAUGUGGACAAGCACUGAUUUUUUUUAUUUUAUUGAAAUGUGUUUUGACCCGAACAAGAACAUUGCUGUAUUUUAUUUGUCAUCUGAUGCAAUGGAACCACAGCUCUCCUUUUUGUUCCUUUAUAUUCUGUUUAUCUACAUAUGUACUAGUAUAUAUAGUAGCCAUAUGAACAUCUAUAAGGAUGUGUACAGUGGGUGUAUAUACUGAGAAUAGCUGCCAAAGCCAAACUGUGGUUUGACCUCAGACCAGCUAUCUGCUUGAAAUGGAUAGACACUACAAGAUUUAACUUUUCUUUUUUUAGCACUAGUCUGCAAGGUAAUAUUAUUUUAGCUCCGGACUCUUCUUUACUUUAAUGUUGCCAGAUUAUGGAAGUUUUGGGCCAUCAUUUCCCUUGUUUUUCAUUGAGUAUUUAAGCAAAGGAAGAGGAUUAGGGCCACGUGAAAAGAAAUGUGAGAUCUGACCUGAAGGAGUUUUUUUUGUUCUGACUUUAAAUUGAAAGUUCUGAGACCUGAAGUCUGAAUAAUCGAACAUAUUAAGAAUUCUGGGGAAAAAAAUCUGAAAUUCUCAGAGUAAUGUUUGAAUGAUCAGAACAAGUCCCUUUUGUUCGGAUCUCAAAAGAUUUGUCCCAUGUGGCUGUAAUCCUCUUCUUUGCGUUUGUGGCAGGUUUUGUCAUUGAAAAACUAAAUUCACCAAGUGGUUUAAAGGUGGAAACAAUGUGUAUAAAGGAGAGAUAGUGUACAGCCAAAGAGGGGGAGAAAGCAAAGAUACUCAUCAUAAUUUAGAUAUGAAUUAUUUUGUUAUUUCUCUUUUUUAUAACUCCACUCCUAUUUUGAGACUCAUCCCCAGCUCCUUUCUUGAGGAAGGGACUCGCAUGUAAUCACAAUCUAUAAAAAGUAACACUACCACGUAUGUUUUUAACUUCCUUAUUUCAGCACUCCGUCAGUUAGUGCUACUAAAUAUCUAUACGUUGAUAUUAAUUCCUUUUCCAUGGCUCGAUCCAUGGCACGAGUUGAAUGGUUUUGCGUAGUGUAUUUAUAAACACAACUGUAUUUUCUGUUACUGUUUUUAUUUCAGCCAUAGAUUGGAAAGGGAUUGUUACAAGUGUUCUCUCACCUCUGUGUGGUGAACAUAAGGUCAUAUUCAUGUUGUUACUUUAUUCGUGAAUAUCUGAAUUCUGCUGAACUUUGAGUUUCCCUUUUAAAUUAUUGCUGUUACAAUAAUAGUUGUUAUUGCUGAGGGUGGAGCCCCAUUGAUUGGCGGUCCUUCUGAUCUGUUCAUGCUGUACUUCUCAUCCUGUUACAAUUGGACCAGCUGAACCUCACACUCCCUUUGGAUUAAUAAUGCCUGUGCUUGGUUAUGAGUUAUGGUGCAGCAUUCAAAGUCCCAUGAAGAAGAUGGGAAAUUCCCAGUUUGUUUUACAGAUUGUAAAUAAUGCGGAGGAUUAUAGUGUUUUAUAAUGACCUCAAAAUGAUUUGCUUACUCUAAACUUAAUUAGCAGCAACCAAAAUGUAUUAAAAAUACUUUAAUUAACAUUUCAUCAUUCCAAAGAAUUUCCUGGACUGAUUAUCUGGAGGAUGUUGACUUUGAAAGUCUAUCGAAAAAGGAUUAAGGCCACAUGUAAAAAAUGUAUUUCUGAUAAUAAUUUGAAGACUAAAAAGUCUACAUUUGUACUUUUUGGAAUUGUGACUAAUCUCAGAAAAUAAAAAUGUUUUCCAUGCCACCCUAAACCCAAUUUUGCUUGUCUAGAUAAGGGAUCAACAAAUUCUGAUUCUUAUUUUCCCCCCUUUUUACAUAUACAAUUCAGAACGCUUUGUGGCCUGCUGUCCAGAGUGUAUGUAACUACUGACUGUACAUACUGCAUGACACCAGCUCAGCACUUCCUGCAUGUGUUGACCAUGUAACAGCUGUAUUACACACACACACAAACACACACACACACACACACACACACACACUCACUCACUCACUCACUCACUCACUCACUCACUCACUCACUCACUCACUCACUCACUCACUCACUCUUCAUGUCACACCUGUACUAUGUAAACCUGUAACGUCUCUUUUGGACCCACAGAGAGAGCGUGGAUGUGCGAUGAUGGAAUUUGACAAUAAAUGGUUCUUACCACUUGA